GCGUGCAGGAAUUCGUUCCUUGAGUUUCUCUCAUUAGACUCCGCGCGUGAGUUUUACCGCCUGCUACCGGCAGCGCCGCGUUAAAUACAACACUCAGCCGUCUGGGUCAUUAUUAUAAUUUUUUUUUUUUACAAGUUUUGGAGACGUUACAAGUUCCUUGUGAGUCAGAGAAGUUUCACACUGGACCAUGUCUUCUUCUAACCCGAGUCUGACUGACCUGAGGCGGAAUGUGGAGCAGCUGAGACUGCAGGCCAGUGUGCAGAGAAUAAAGGUGUCUCAAGCUGCAGCUGAGCUACAGCAGUACUGUCUUCAGAAUGCCACCAAAGAUGCCCUCCUGGUCGGGGUGCCAACAGGCAGCAACCCUUUCCGAGAACCUCGUUCAUGUUCCAUCUUUUAAUCACAAGGUUUGCAAGUACAGGGGUUGCAUUGGUGGAUUCCUGGAUAUUUGUUCCGGUGCAACGAUAUAGCAUAAAAAAUUUUAUUCAGUUUCUGAAUCAGCAUUGUUUAUUUAUUGAUUAAUUAUUUUAUACCAUGAAUGAAGAAUGUUGUAACUUUAAUGGAACCAUUUCUGUGACAUAUAACCCAUCUAUAAAUUGUGAAACGUUCCGUAAAAAUUAAAUGAAAAUGUUAAUGCUCAUGAAAUGUUUUAUAUUUAUGUAUGAGAUUUGUUUCAUUAAUUAUUCAUUAUAGAGAGUAGCAUGAUAUAUUGGUGCCUUAUAAAACUAAAGUCAUCUAUUGAGACCUUUCACAGUCUUG